UAAAAAUAGAUUUGUACAUAUUAUAUACAGUGUACUUUCGGAUAGGGUGUAGUGCUUCUUUUAGUCGGACCUCGGAUUUUUGAAAAUUUUACACCAGUGGGGUGCAAUUUAGUAUAAGCCAGGUCUUGAAAAUUACAGGAAUGGAGAACAUGGUUCAACUCUUCUUCCUGAUAUGCCUAGUCAUAUGUGUUGCUGGACAAGUGGACAGGUUCAUCUGGGUCAAUUCCAUGAACCAGUUCUCACUUGAUGAGAGCCAGCCUGAAGAAACAAAGGUUUACACACUGAGAGCCACAUAUGACGGCUCCGACAACAACAUGGAGUACGGGUUCAACACGAAGCAGGCCGCAGAUAACAGCCUGUCCCAGGAGUCCACGUAUUUCCGUAUCAACAAGGACAGUGGAGAGGUCUUUACAAAGGGGAUCCUGGAUUAUGAGAAUGCCAACAUCAAGCAAAAUGGUGUCCAACUGCAGUUGAUUGCCAGGUUGAAAACUGACCCAACCCAGUUUCGUAAGCAAGUGUCCACUGUUAUCGUCAGAAACACAAAUGAUGAAAAGCCACAGUUUGUCAAUGGGUCAAUGAUUGUGAAAAUUGAGGAGAACAGGGAGAUUUUAAAUAGCGGUGGUCUACGUUUGAUCCCAAACAUCAAGGUUGUAGAUGUUGACAACAUUUUAGAGUCCGGAACGAACAAGAUUGAUGCCACUGUAAACAACUGCAAAGUCGGAUCAAACCUCAUUCAAUGUGAUAGAAUCUUCACUCUGAGGCUGGUUGGCAACCCGACCUCCAUCGACGCCUUCUACGAUUUCUACGUGCUCACAAAAAUUGAUUUCGAACAAUAUGACGAGUUUCAAGUCCAGCUUGUAGCAACUGAUGGUAAAAACAACGGCACAAUUUCUGUGAUUGUUGAUGUGACAGAUCUACAGGACACGCCUCCAAAGUGGAUUGACCUGCCUGCUAAAUCACAGACACAAGACGGGACAGGAACGAAUCAGAUGCGCAUCUCCAUUCUUGCGCGAGACCAGGAUCUGAGUACUAUCGGAGGCGAACGACCAAUCUUCUACGCCCUCGAGCCUGGUCAAACUGUCCGUGGCAUAGCAGUGGACCGUGUAUUUGAAAUUCAACAGAACAACUCUAUCUACCCUGCUACUAUUACAAACAAAGUCCCCAUCGACCUUGAGGAUGAUGUUCUGUUCAAAAACUACGCAACAAAGGAGGUCAGGGUCAACUGGCCACUGAGAGUCCAAGCAUGUGAAAUUACUUCUUCAAACCCUUUGGUAAUCGGAUCAACAUUCAAUGAAUGUACAGAAUACGGUACAACCGUUAUUCUGAUAGCGGACAUUAACGACAACGGCCCCAAGUUUGAUCAAGAUCAAUAUGUGUAUCGUAUCUAUGAGGAUGCACCCAAUGGCCUGAUAUUGGAUGAUCCUCGUAUCAUCAUUACGGACAAUGAUACGGAUAUUUAUGCGAACUAUAAAAGUGUGCUUGUGAAUCCAAGCCUGGAGUUCAAUGUUUCUGGAGCAGAUCGCAAUCCGGCCAUUACUGUAUUGAACACCAGCCUUAUUGACUAUGACUCUGGAAAAAUACUGUAUCAGCUUACGUUGCGUACCUCCGACGUUUUGAACCCACUCCUGUUUGACCUCGCACCAAUCACCAUUCACAUUCUCGAUGUGAAUGACAACUUUCCUGCCUUUGGCCAGCCUAACGGGUAUAAAGCAAUCAUCCCUGAGAACUCCCCGGAGGGGACCAACGUCAUCAGAAUCACAGCUACGGAUCGUGAUUCGGGCAUGAUGGGGACAGCUGGUCUAAAAUAUGGCCUGACAGGAUCGUACAGUUCCCUAUUCAAGAUAGACGAACUGACUGGUCAGGUCACUGUGGCAUACUGUGACACGCCUGGUAAAAACCCGUGUCUUGACUACGACAUCUUGCCACGUCUGUACCCCUUAGAUGUGAUUGUGUCCGACAUGCAGGGAAAUCCCAAUGGCAAACAGAGCACGGUUUUCCUGGAGGUUCAGGUCACAGACGUGAAUGAUAACCCGCCAACUGUCGGGAACUACAGGCGUGGAAUAUUUGAAGACAAGACCCAGUUUGAACCACCAUUGAUAGUUAUUGGUACCGACAUUGACACCCCUAGCCUGCGCUACUCCAUUCAGUCUCAAGCCCCUGGCACGUUCUGGCGUAUUGAUCCCGUCAGAGGCGAAAUCAGUGUGAAUAAGAAUGGCCAAGGUAUAAAGUUCAAUGACGGGGACACAUCUGGAAGUUUUGUGGUUUUUGUGUCGGUCACUGAUGGUGUAAACCCGCCUGCCCAGUCAAGAGUUGACAUCAAUGUGAUUGACAUCAACGACAAUGCUCCAGUGUUUUUGCCAGACCUGUAUGAGAAACCCAUCCCUGAAACGACACCCGGAGGUACUAGCAUUUUGGAGCUAUCUGCUACUGAUACUGAUGAUCCAACCAGUGACAAUGGAAAACUGGAGUACAGCAUUAUCAGUGGAAAUAUUGGUGGACGCUUCAGAGUCAAUAACUUGGGGGUCCUGUUUACCUCAAAUGAUGCUAAAUUUGAUUACGAUAUUCAAAGAGCCUACACAAUGGUGGUGACUGUGGCCGACAAAGGCACCCCUCAGAGAUCGGAUACUGCUACCGUCAUCAUCAACAUCCUCGACGUCAACAACCGUGACCCUUAUGUUGACCCCUUCUUGCAGAAUUUUGAAGUCUAUGAUAAUGCGUUCCUUGGUUUCAAGGUGGGAACAAUUAAGGCCUAUGAUCCUGACGCGGACGCCAUCCUGCGGUUCCGCUUCAAUGACCCCAAACAAGCUAGCUCUGAAGAAGGCUUCCAGGUCACACCUGAUGUGUAUGACUUCAGGUACUUAUUCCGCAUCGACGAAAACAAUGGGGACAUUUAUGUCAACGGUUCAUUGGACAGUAAAAAAACAAACAUUGUCUCCUAUGGUGUGGUGGUCACUGAUGUUAAAGCCGUCCCUAAUCAGAAUGGCCCAGGCCAGGCCUACAUACGCAUCAAGCCUUUCAACACCCAGCCCCCUGUGUUUGAGCAGUUCCAGUCGCCCAUCUACAUUGACGAGGAGCAACCAAUCGGCAGUGUCAUCAUCAGUCUCAUUGCCCGCGAUAACAAUGGAAUUGAGCAGUAUCAGAUCAUUCAACAGCCGGAUGACUUCUUUGCAGCCAAUCCAAACACGGGCGCGGUCAGUGUGGUCAGUCGUGUGGACUUUGACGACGCCCGUAGGAUCAAUGGCUCGUUCUUCAUUGUCCGAGUGCUUGAUACUGGUGAGCCACAGCUGUCUGCCACGACGUCAGUAUCUGUGAUAUUCAGGAACAUCAAUGAUAACUUCCCUGAAUUUAUUAACAAGCAAACUCAAAAUCCAGUUAAUGUAUACUCUGCAGUGAUAGACGAGAACUCACCAAAUGGGACAUUAGUUGUUGAAACCUUCGCUAAAGACAGUGAUCGCCCAGACGCGAAUGGUUUCAAUGUUGUACGAUACUUCAUGUUCAACGAUGAUAGGUUUGACGUGGAUAGUUUGACCGGUCAAAUAUUUGUUCGACUUAUCAACAAUGCUGUCCUGGAUAGGGAACAGAAUCCCCGCAUUCUUACUCAGGUGAUCGCGGUUGACAACCCUGACAACAACCCUAACAACGCCCCAGGCAACCAGCGUCAGCGGGUCGCAACGGUGCAAGUUAUCUUGCGUGAUGUGAACGACAAUCCUCCGAGGUUCUCCAAGAGCGACUACUAUGUAAAAAUCUUUGAGACGAUUGGUGUUCAGACGGACAUUCUGCAGUUGUUUUCUACUGAUGCAGAUCUCCUUGACUUUGCCACGUCCUACUACACCAAGAUACCAAAUGCUGGAGAUGACUAUAGUGAUUUCUUUGAUGUCCGAAGAGAUAGUGGAAAAAUUUAUGUGAAGCGUGGUCUAGUCCGUAAUGUUGGUGUGUACAAGUUUUACGUUCAGGCCCAGGACAAUAAAGGUACUGGAUUCAGGACCAACGCAUCUGUCACUGUGGAUGUUCAGCCGUCUGCCAACUCGCCGCCCGUAUGGGUGAUACCACCAGUUGACAACAUGACAAUUUAUGUUCUUGAGGAACAAUAUGAUGGUAUGCUGAUUUAUGAUGUGUCUGCGAGAGACGAAGACACUGGCAAUAAUGGCAUUGUAGACUACAGUUUCAUGUACAAUGGUGUUCAAACCCAAGAAACACCUGAUUUCAAGAUCAAUCGAGUCACUGGAAUGAUAUCGGCCAACAGAACAUAUGACCGUGAGACACAACCCAGAUAUGUGCUGUUGUUGAAGGCCAGGGAUAGGGGAGAGACGCCGUUGGAGACGACCAGAUUCCUGACUGUGGUCAUCAAGGAUGUCAAUGACAACAGACCAACCUUUACCAAAUCCACGGAGCAAUUUACUGUGCAAGAGAACACCGAUGUAGGCUCCAGAUUUGGUCGAGUGACAGCCACAGACCCAGACCAAGCACCUGUCAUCCUUUACAAGAUUAUUGCUGGAAAUGAAGAUAACAAUUUUGAAAUCGAUGCAAGCACAGGUGAUUUGAUACUGGUCAACAGGCUGGAUCGCGAGAAGAAAAGUAUCUACUACCUCGAUGUUCAGGCAUACAAUGAAAAACCAGAAACAGACUACACUGUGAUUCGUUAUAGACGGGCCAUUGACAGAAGCAUUAUAACAGUGAAGAUUUCUGUCGGAGAUAUUAAUGACCUGGCACCAGUUUUCCUGGACGACAAAUAUUUUGGAUGUGUAUCAACAAGGUCAGCACUGGACGAGCACAUCUUCACUGCGAAGGCUAGAGAUCUUGAUGCUGUAGGGACGGGAAUAGUGCGCUAUAGCCUGGUUGGUUCAGGUCAUGUGCGACAGGUUGGUGAUAAGGUGAUCAAUGUUUUUGACAUCAACAAGAAGUUUGGAGUCGUCACGAACAAAGUGGUGAUGGGAAAUUUCGCUCAGCAAACAUUCCAGGUGACGAUAAAUGCACGUGAUGACGAGGAUGUCACAACUGCUGAAUCUGCCAACACCACUGGCUUGAUCUUUGUGACUGAACCUAGCAACGAGGUACAGCUGGUAUUGACACAGCCUACGUCUGAAGUUAGACUCUACAAAGAGCAGAUUCAAAACAUUUUAGCUGAGGCCAAUGAUGUGGACUAUGUGUGCAUCAACAAGAUACAGGACCAUGUGGUUAAUGAUCAAGGGGACGUAACUGCUCUCUGGACGGAUGUAUUUCUGUCUGGUAUACGCCACAACAAAGUUAUCAAUACUUACAAGCCCCUGAGUGGGGUAGAAUUCCUGAACAUCAUUCAGCGUGAGAAGAGCAACAGGAAAUCUGACUUUGACCUGCUUUACAUACGUGAAUCCAAGUUACGCAGCAGCUCCAACGAGGUCGAGCUGAGUGAUAACGCUGUGCUCGUCAUCAUGAUCAUCAUUGCUGUCCUUAUCUUCCUCGUCAUUGUCUUCUGCCUUAUUGCCUUCAUGUGCAUUCGAGCCAUGAAACGCGAAAAGAAAGCUCGCUUAUUGCACAAAACCUAUGCUACCCCCAGCGCCAAUAAUCGUCGCAGAACCGGUAGAGCCAGAGCCGAUUAUUUAUGACAAUCGAGCAUACAUCCAGGAGGAGCCACAGCCCCAAAAGACCUUCCAGACUGAACCAGUCCACGUUCAGUAUGCGGUUGUUCAGCGACGACCUGAGACCCAGGUCGUCACUCGCCGCAUGGAAUAUGUCCCUGACGAAGACCAGGAAGCCAUUGUUGUCGAGGUUGAUGAUGAUAAUCAGAGAAGACCUGAAGGACGCGAGUAUCGCAUUGUGACGGAGGUUGCAAAUUAGGAAUUGUUUCUAAGAAUAUGAUUGGUCAUGUGAACAUUGUGGAAUGUUUAUGCUUUGCUGAACAAAAGUGCACUAUAAAUGCCUAACAUUCCUUAAAUUGUUAUGAUGCAUGGAUAUAACAGAAUAUAGCCGUCUGAAAUACUUAUACCUUUAAAAUGCAGUUCAAGACAAAUACAAAAUUUCAAUCAAAUUUGAUUUUAUCAUGUAAUGUUAUGCAGAGAUUACAGUUGCCUAAUGUUAAGUUCUUGAGUGUUCAUUUAUAAUUUUGAGGAUGAAAAAAGCAGAAAAUGUCACAUACAAUCAAACAUACAUUCUGUUACCUCAACAUAACCAAUUCAAGAAUAUUUUGGCUCAUUAAUUUCAAUGUUUUGUCAAUAUUUUUGUAAUGAAGUGCUUUUCCAUUGUUGUCAGACAUCUGUUGGUUUAUUUUAUGUGUAUUUGUUAAAACUAUAAUAACAGCCUCGGGUUGCCAUGCAGCUAUAGUCAUGAAUGGGACAAACAUCUAGAUUCUAUGUACAGUGCAUUUUGUAUUAAUGAGCCCCUCUGUGGAAAAACUAUGUUUAAUUCAUGUGCGCACAGUAUCGUCCCAUAUAACCCGCACUGGCUAACCAGGUAUGACACUUUCUGUGAAGACUGGAUGUUUGCUUAGAAGAGACUUAGUUUACACAAAAAAUUUAAAUGGAAAAUGUUGUCUCUUAUUAGAGCCUGUUUUCCCAUAUCAAGGCUCAAGUAGAAUUAUGUUUUGUUACUUUGAAAAUGGUGGCAAUAUGCAUUUAACCCUUUGCAUGCUGGGAAAUUUGUUGUCUGCUGAAUUUCUAAAAUUAGCAUUUUCUUAGAUUUUUUUUCAAAAAAUACUAUCAGAAUAGCAAACAGUUUGGAUCCUGAUGAGACGCCACGUUCUGUGGCGUCUCAUCUGGAUCCAAACUGUUUGCAAAGGCCUUCAGUUCGGUUCCAGCACUGGAAGGGUUAACCUAAUGCUGCUUUUCACUUGCUAUUAUAUAUGUUUAAGAAUGAUUUCUAUUUGCAUUAGUAACAUGUUAGUGAUGAUGUAUUCCUAUUUAUCAUGAAACUAGAAUCUCCUUGUCUGGUGUUGAGGUGUUUUCUGUUGUUCAUUUACACCUUUUCAGAACCUAAAUAGUUUUGGUAUAAUUUUUUGUAGCAUUCAUUUGCAAUUUAUUUGGAUGGUUUAUUUUUUCAAAGAAAUAUUAUAUUAUGAAUUUAUCAACAAUAGUUAGGAGCAAAUCGCGUUUGGAUUUGCUGUAAUUUACUUUCCAGCCAUUUCUUUCCCUAAAAAGAGGUUCAAUCACCAUCUUUUGCAAUGUUAUUUCCUCGUGGUAGAGUUUGCACAUGUAAAUGUUUAUAUACUUGUAGCGUAACAAUGUGCUUGUAUGUACCAUUACACACUUUUAUUUACUAUAUGACAUUCCAUAUUGAAAGUGUUAGACAUAUUUUUGACAAUAAAUUUUAUACAAAAAUA